CUGACCGGGAUCCGCCGCUGCUGCUGCUGGAGGAGGGAAAGAGGGAAGGAGGGAAGGAGGUACAUGUGCGCCGCCCGCCGCUCGCUGCUCUCCCGGGUCUGUGUGUUUUUACUCUCCGCGGUUCCCCCGGGCUCGGUGCUGAUGUGUUCCCGGUAGCGGGGCAGUAGACAGCGGGACACGGGCGCUGCAGAGCCGCGAUAGGACCGUCCUUCACCUGCUGAUCCACAGCCCGCAGGUCCGCUAGCAAGAUGACAUGGCGUCCUCAGUACCGCAGCUCUAAGUUCCGGCAUGUUUUUGGUAAAGCUGCUACUAAGGAGAACUGCUACGAUGGCGUGCCGAUCACCCUCAGCGUCCACGAUAAUCUGCUGUGCUCCGUUAACCCGCGCUUCAUCGCCGUCAUCACAGAGUGCGCCGGGGGCGGAGCCUUCCUCGUCCUGUCCGUCAAUCACACGGGGAAGGUUGACCCUCAUCAUCCGAAAGUCUCCGGACACAGAGGGAAUGUUCUGGAUAUUAAGUGGAAUCCGUUCAAUGAUUUCUGUAUAGCGUCGUGUUCUGAAGACGCCACGGUGAAAGUCUGGGAUAUCCCUCAGCAGGGUGUGUUAAAGAACAUCACUCUUCCAUGGAAGGAGCUGCAGGGUCACUCUCGGAGGGUGGGGCUUAUAGAGUGGCACCCCACGGCCAGCAACAUCCUGUUCAGCACCGGAUACGACUACCAGGUGAUGAUCUGGAACCUGAGCUCUCCGGACUCUGUAGUGAAGAACCCUGUCCGGACCAUCAGCAUUCACCCGGACGUGGUUCUGUCCAUGUCCUUCAACUCUGAUGGCAGCCGUCUCGCCACGUCCUGCAAAGACAAGAAGAUCCGCAUCAUCGACCCCCGAACAGGAACACUGCUGCAGGAGACGAGCUGUAAGAAUCACAGGGCCAGUAAGGUUCUGUAUUUGGGGAACCUGAAGAUGCUGCUCUCCACCGGGACGUCCCGCUGGAACCACAGGCAGAUUGCACUCUGGGAUCAGGAGGACCUGUCUGAACCUUCGUAUCAGGAAGAUCUGGAUGGAUCAUCUGGUGUUUUGUUCCCCUUCUACGACCCGGACACUCACAUGCUGUACAUUGCCGGCAAGGGUGAUGGUAAUAUCAGGUACUAUGAGAUCAGCUCUGAGAAGCCAUAUGUGCACUACCUGACCGAGUACAGAUCUCUACUCCCACAGAAAGGAAUGGGUGUGAUGCCGAAGCGAGGUUUGGACGUGUGCUCGUGUGAGGUGUUCAGGUUUUACAGGCUGGUGACAAUCAAAAGCCUCAUCGAGCCUCUCGCUAUGAUCGUCCCCCGCCGGUCUGAAUGCUAUCAGGAGGAUAUUUACCCGAUGACCGCAGGGAAGGAGCCCGCCAUGACUGCAGCAGAGUGGCUGAGUGGGAUGGACAAAGGUCCGGUUCUGAUGUCUCUGAAGCCGGGCAGUAAGGUGGAGGCGUACGCUGAGGUGGGGUCAGUGAAGAUGUCCAGCCUGUCGUUGGACGGUCGGAGGUCCGUGCCCCGCCCAGGACUGCUCGCCCUGAUCCAGCAGCAGUCAGCGGACGAGAAGGACAGCAAGGAGAACCCCACCAACCCCCAAUCACACGACCGGACCCCCAACACCAUCACCAACGGGCAGAACGAACCCACACACUGCUCUCCACCCAAAACCGAGAACGAGCUGCGGCAGGUGUUUUAUAAGCAGCAGGAUGAAAUCCGGAGGCUGCGGGAAAUCCUGAACCAGCGAGACGUUCGGAUAAAGCAGCUGGAGCUCGAGAUCAAAAACGUCAGGAACUCUCAGAGCUCUCGCUGAGGACACACACACACACACACUAAUACACACCGAUACACACCACCGAGCCGUCCCACACACACACACACACACCGGCCCACUGGACCAUGCCUACCUGAGUGGGCGGUGUGUGCAUCACCGGCUGAACCCUCUUUAACCCAAAGCGUUCCUCACCGGGAGAGUUCUCUGCGGUUCUGGAGCAGAACCCGGCUCGGUUCUCUCACUGCUUCGGUUCUGUAGUUUUGUUUUUAUUGCUCAGAGCUAUGCAACUCCUUUUUUGCCUGAUUCCUUUUUUUUGAAAUGUACUUUUUAUUUUACGAGGAAAAAAAUAUGUGCCUGUCUUAGAAAAUGAUGAGUGUGAGUGUGUGUACAUUUAUAUAUGUACGAGUGUGUGUAUGACUGAGUGUGUGUGAGCUUGUUUAGUAAUCACUGGGGAAAAGGGACAUUUUAGAAUGAUCAUAUAAUACACUGAAUGUUUAUGUCUUACCAUAUUAAUUGAUAUAUUCAGACUCCGCCCACUUCAUGUGUUCUUCCACAGCUACCGUUGUGAGAUUUGACUUAAUUGAUCUACAGCUCUGUAAAAAAAUAAGAGAGCACUUAAAAAUGAUGAGUUUCUUUCUUUUUACCAAAUGUAAAACCUCUGGAAUAUAAUCAAGAGGAAGAUGGAUGAUCACAAACCAUCAAACCACCAAACUGAACUGCUUGAAUUUUUACACCAGGAGUAAAGCAGCAUAAAGUUAUCCAAAAGCAGUGUGUAAGACUGGUGGAGGAGAACAUGAUGCCAGGAUGCAAGAAAAAAAACUGUGAUUAAAAACCAAACAGGGUUAUUCCACCAAAUAUUGAUUAUUUCUGAACUCUUAAAACUUUAUGAAUAUGAACUUGUUUUCUUUGCAUUAUUUAAAGUCUGAAAACUGCAAAAACUAUUUCAGACAUUUCUCAUUUUCUGUAAAUAAAUGCUCUAAAUGAGAAUAUGUUUAUUUGGAAUUUAGGAGAAAUGUUGUCUGCAAUUUAUAGAUUAAAACAACAAUGUUCAUUUUACUCAAACAUAAACCUAUAAAUAGCAAAAUCAGAGAAACUGAUUCAGAAACUGAAGUGCUCUCUUCAUUUUUUCCAGAGCUGUAUAUUGUAUAUCACAAUACCUACAACAUUUAGAGUGUGUUAUUAGUAUUUAUUGUCACUAAGAAAUAAUAAUUAUGUUGAUAUUAUACAGUACAUUUUGCAAUACAGUAAAAGGGAAGAGGUUGAAUAUGUGUGCCUUAAGAUAAUACGUUAAAUUUACAGUGCUUUGAAUUUUACAAGAAAAUGUUUUAGAUACUAAAGUCACACUUUAACAAGCUAAAAUGCUAGCCACAAUAAAGCGAAACACUGCAAUGCGAUACUGUGAGCUAUUGUUGCUCUAAGUAUUGUUACCUCCCUGCUAACUAGCCAAGCUAGCCUACACUGCUAACCACUGUAGCAUGGCAUAAAUUACUGUUAGAAAAUAUUUUUCCAGUCAUACCAUUCCAUAUAUAACCAGAUUACAAUCAGUUACGUUAUAAAGUACAGUACUGUAUAGAAUAUCAAACUUCGAGUUAUUAACAUUUAAUAUGGUUAGAAAUGGGUAAAAUAAUUAUUGACAAAAUUCCUAAUUUGGUUGAUGUGGUACAGUGGGGUCUCCAGUACGUAUUUUAAAGUACAGCAAAAAGGAUUGACUGAAAAUGUGCCUUAAGCUAACGCUGUAAAUUUCUGUUUUCAGGUUCUUUCAGGAUUUAAAAAAUACAUUUUCAGGUACAAUGGCUCAUAGGCUAUUCUCACACAACAGAUAAAAGUGGCCCACAUCUGAUUUUCAGAACAAAUCUGAUAUUUAUUUUAGGCUGUUCACACAAUCUUUUUAAUGUGACCCAUAUUUGACAUCUGUCUGAACGGUUUUCAAUUGGCACGCAUGCACUACAGAGCAACGCUUCACGUUAAGUUUCACUUUAAUCCAGAAUAGAAAAAGUGAAUUCAGGCUGCAGCUGAGCUUACUCCUAAGAAAUUGCUCUAGUUUGCUAAAAACAGCAUGUUUUUAUCAGGCUGUUAUCUUGUUUUUCUACCACUGAAGCCCUUACUCACUACUACAGUCCAUUUUCCUCUUUACUCGUAAAAGUAAAAGUCACAAAUUCUUAUCUGACCAUUCUUAUUGGAUUACAAAACCACAUAUUGAAGUAGCCCCAAUCAGAAUUUAAAACGUCAUAUUCAGUGCAUUUAUUUUUUUUGUUUACACAGCCACACAUACAUGACAAUAAAACAUCAGAUUUGGCCCAUUUUUACCUGCUUUGUGAACUUCAUGCUAUACUUCAAGCUACCAUGUUAGUCUCAUUACAACAGUAACUUACACUGCAGUUCAAUACUAUAAACUGUAAUAUUACAUCCAAGCCAACCAGCCAAGCGACUUUAAAGAGACUUUGUGUAGCUUAAUCAUUUUAUUCGGGACCAAAAGACUAAACCUCAGCUUUUGUUCAAAAUAAAAAAUAGACUUUAUGGUUAUAGCUUGAUUUAAAAACCCUGUUGCUAACUUGGACACCUCACAGUUUAGGCAAGAAGUUUAUUAGCUUUAGCAACUUGUUUAAUCAGAGAUUUAUCCCUAAAAAACAUCAGCUAGACACUAAAACAACUAGAUCUCGUCUGAUCUCUGCUGUGAACAAGGUUUCUCUGUAGGUAAAAUGUAAGUAUUUCAGUUAGCACAGUAGCUAACAAUGUAAGCCAUGAUGCUAACUUGGCUAAUUAGUUAGCUAAAAACCUUAAAACAACUGAAGUUAUUAUUAGUUCUGCUUAAACUGCCAAUUUUAUAUUUAUUCCUGACAAUCUCAGAGCAAAACAUCAUUGUUAGUAAAUAAUAGAGUUAAAGCUAAUAAUUUAUACUCUAAAUCAGAUAUUUUGAUUUAGAUUUACAUCUGAUCUUGUUUAACAGUGUGCGGUAAAUCUCAUAGUGAUGCUAACUACAGUAGCGCGCUAGCAAUGCGUGCUGUGAGGGUGAUUUAGCUAGCUAGCGAGCUAACAACACUAAAACUGAUAAAGUUAUUGAACUGCUUAAACUGUUAAUCUCAUUUUCCCCCAAAUAAAUCUGAACAAAAUUUCUGACUAGUUAAAUUUAAAGAGUAAAUGAAUAAUGUGAGUAUAAAUGCAAGUAUGAAAAUAUUUAAACAUCAGCUGCAAUGCUAGCCAACGUAUCGCUAGCUAACAUAAUGCUAGCUAACAACUCUGAAACUGUUAAUGCUAGUCAAGUUACCAUGAGCUGUUUAUCACUAAAAUUGGACACUAAAUUAUUAAAUACUUGAUUAGACACUAGCUAAAACUACUAAAUAUAUUACAUUUAGUAUAUAAAUUGUAUGAAGUAAAAUGUAAGUACAUAUCUUAGCAGCUAAAACUGCCAAACUGUUAUUAAUUCCCAACUAUUUCUAAACAAAUUUGUUGAUUAUAGUAUAUAAUUAUAGUAUGAUAAUAUUAUACUGUUAGCUACAGUGCUAGCGUAAAGGAGAAUCUGUGUAAAACAGUGUAAAUAUGGACUUGGAUUGUAGUAACAUGAUAAUAAGUAGGAACUUUAGUCAAAUAAGGUUAGCCCUCUUCUAUUCCCCCUUAGUAUUUCUCAUUUCUAUUUUACUAUUAAUAAUCUAUCUGUGCAUUUAUUAAAGUUCUCAGUGCUUUGUUUUAAAUAUCAGGGCUCUACCAAUGAAGUGUGGAGCUACUUUGAGUUUGUUAAUGGUGUAAAAGUAGUAAUUUCUUUGCAUGAAGUUGGGAGCAUUGGCUAAACGCACUGUAUCUGGGAAUUCUGGUGGUAAACAGAGGUGGGCUAUUCGACAAAAGUUUUAAAAAAUGCUCUUUUAACCAGCGAGCGACUCAAAAGUUCUGGAUAAAUCUGGUUAAUAAACGUUCUGCUUUGUUAACAGGCUAUAAUGUUGACCUUGCUAACUAGCAGCUAUAAAACUAUAAAGCUAAUAUUAUUAAACCUUCUGCUUAAACUGCCAAUAUUAUUGAUUACAAAAACUCACGUAAUAAAAAUGAUUAUAAAUUAUUAACAUAAUAAUUCUAAAUAGAUUUUUAAAUAGGUGUUUUGUGAUGAAUUUUUUCGAAACUCUAGCUGUGGAGGAACACCUGGGUGUACGGGAGCUGUGUAGGGAUGUGAACUGCUGUAUGAUGAUGGAGGGAUGAAUGAUAGAGGGAUGAAUGAUGAGCAGAAUGGUGGGAAUGAUGGUAAAUGUUGUGUCCGAGAGACUGGAAAGCUGUUAAACACUGGAACGCUGACUGUGGCUGAAUGAACUGCUGCUGGUGAAAAAGCCAUCUCUGUGUACGGGUAUCACACUCCCCGUCCCAAUCGCUUUAUUACCAUUUUAUUUAUAUUCUGUUAGUUUUUUUUUAAAGACACUGGAUAAAAAAAGAACAAAAUAAUAUUAAAGUUUGUGUUAUCUGAGAGAAUCACUGUUAACUCUGA